UUUGUUCCCCCCCCCCCCGGCGCAGGGUGGGAGGUGGCUGUGGCCUCGCCUGGCCCGCGGCAGUCCCCGGGUGAGGGGGAAGAGCCGCUGCCCGCCUCUCUGCUAGCCGAGCUCCCCCGGGCCGGCGCGCCUCCGCGCGGUGUUCAACUCCCCGCCACAUCUCCGCCGGGGCCGGGCCGUGGGCCGCCGGCCUGCCGCUCCGGUUGUUGUUGGGUGCUGGGAGUUUGAGUUCUAGCCCCGCAGGUCAUCUAGUCUGAGCCCCUCUGUGGCCCACGCUGCCUCCUCCCUGUAGAGGCUAGAAAAACUGCCAAGGGUCCCUGCCCCAAGGAGCUUACAGUGUAAACACUUGAGCCUGACACCAAUAGACCUGGCCUGCGGGAGUGGGUUGUUAGGCCCCCACAUAAACCACAAAGAUACCAACUCAACCAAGUUCACAGCCCUCCUCACAUCCCAUCUUGAAGUCCACUUUUGCCUUGACACCCACAAGAGCUCAGCCGGUUAAUGAUGGUGAUCUUGACUAGUGCUGGGGCAUGAGGUCUUUUGAAAUGAUUCAGAAGUUACAAGUUGUGCUCAUAGCUAGGCUAGGCAGUGGCUGGUCUUAUUAGCUCUACUCUAAACUGACCUGCUAUGUUAUAUUUGUUUCAGUUUAUAUUAUAAGCAAUUUGAGACAUGGACAAUGACUUCCUACAUGUUUGCACAGCACCUAGAACAACUUGGCCCCAAAACUUGACUGGGGCCUUUGGGCACUAUUGUAGCACGUAUACUUAGAUAAAAUGGGGUACCAAUAUUAUUACUAUCCUGAAAUAUUCCCUCAAUUAGCCACACAUCUUGAGUCUCUGGAAAUGUGCGUCCCAUGUACCAGUAGAUAUCACCCAGAGCUCACCAGUUAAAACUUCACUGGUUAACGUAUAUACUGUGUGUUUCUCUGCCUGUCUUGAUUGAUUGAUUGAUUGAUUUUUAAGAUUAUUUUUCAUCUGUAGAGUGGUGUCCCAGCAGCUAACAUUUCCAACACUCUUGGAGAUACAAUAGCUGUUUUUGGCUUUAUUCCCCUGUUCAUGCAGUUGAGGAUCGCAUUAAUCUUUUUGGCCACAGUAUCUCAUUGGAAGCUCAUGUUAUGGUGAUUAUCCACCAGGAUCCCCAGUUCUUUUUCAGAGUUGCCGCUUCCCAGGAUAGAAUCCCCCUCCUGACAUUGAUCCAUAAAUAUUCAAGAUCAUUUUCUUCCAAGUUGUCAGUGAUUCAGAAACAGGUGUGUAUCUGCUAUCUUGUGCAGCAAUGAGCCUGGAAUUCAAUCUGCUGGAAUAAGACAAUGGCCUCUACGUCCAGUUGAAAUAAAGGGAAUGUGUUCUUUCUUGUGAUGAUUUGACAUUAUAAACCCUUCAUUAACCAUGAUGGCAACACAGACAUUAAGUAUAGACAACUAUCAAGAUGGGCAACAAAUGCAAGUAGUAACAGAGUUAAAAACUGAACAAGACCCAAACUGCUCUGAAACUGAUGCAGAAGGAGUGAGUCCUGCCCCUGUAGAAUCUCAGACACCAAUGGAUGCAGACAAGCAGGCCAUUUACAGGCACCCACUGUUUCCAUUGUUAGCGCUGUUGUUUGAAAAAUGUGAACAAUCUACACAGGGCUCAGAAGGCACUACCUCUGCUAGUUUUGAUGUAGAUAUUGAAAAUUUUGUAAGGAAGCAGGAGAAGGAAGGAAAACCCUUUUUUUGUGAAGAUCCAGAAACUGAUAAUUUAAUGGUAAAGGCAAUCCAGGUUCUACGUAUUCAUCUGCUUGAGCUAGAAAAGGUUAAUGAACUCUGCAAGGAUUUCUGUAGUCGUUACAUUGCCUGUCUGAAAACUAAAAUGAACAGUGAAACUCUACUAAGUGGAGAACCUGGAAGUCCUUACUCACCUGUACCAUCACAGCAAAUUCAAAGUGCCAUUGCAGGCACACUCAGUCCCCAAGGGAUUAUGGUGCCUGCAUCAGCAUUGCAGCAGGGAAAUGUAACUAUGGCAACAGUAGCAGGGGGUACAGUGUAUCAGCCAGUCACUGUGGUCACUCCACAAGGUCAAGUAGUGACACAAGCACUGUCACCUGGGACAAUUAGGAUCCAGAAUUCACAGGCCAAACUCAACUUGAACAUGCAUACAUGCAGUUCCCAAGAAACUGCAUACCUACUUCAAGGACAGAGUUUAGCCGAUUUUUCUCUUAAAAGUGGAGCUGGUGAUAGCUGUUCAUUUUACAAAGAUAAUACGGCAAGAGAACUUCCAUCACUACCAUUGCAGCUUCAGUUACAGUUAAACCAAGAUCUAAGUAUCUUGCAUCAAGAUGAUGGCUCGUCAAAAAAUAAGAGAGGGGUUCUUCCAAAGCACGCUACUAAUGUGAUGAGAUCUUGGCUCUUUCAGCAUAUAGGGCAUCCAUAUCCAACAGAAGAUGAGAAAAAGCAGAUUGCAGCCCAGACAAAUCUUACACUACUUCAGGUUAACAAUUGGUUUAUCAAUGCUAGAAGACGAAUUCUUCAGCCAAUGCUGGAUUCUAGCUGUUCUGAAACUCCAAAAACAAAGAAAAAAACAGCUCAAAACAGACCAGUUCAGAGGUUCUGGCCUGAUUCCAUUGCAUCAGGAGUUGCUCAGCAGCAAUCUAAUGAACUUACAAUGUCAGAUGAGUGGAAGAGCCAGACUUGUUACAUGGGGCCUCCUGACUCUCCACGCUGUUCUCAUUCCUGCAGACCACACUGCCUUACUGCCCAAGGAGCUGUUGUAACAAUUACAGCUCCAGUCAACAUGAAUGUAGACAGUCUCCAGUCUCUGUCAUCUGAUGGUGCUACUUUGGCUGUUCAGCAAGUUAUGAUGGCAGGACAAAGUGAGGAUGAAUCUGUGGAUAGUGGUGAAGAUGAUGGAGCAGACCUCUCAACAACAAACAUCAGUGGGCUUGUUUUGGAUAACAGCGAUUCUUUGCAGUAGGAAGCAAGAGUGUGACAAAAUAUUUAGGAAAAUGAAUGGACUGACUGACUGUUUUUAUAGUUUGCACAGCAAACAUUUUACACAAGUUUUAUUUCUAAUAUGUUUUAUAUGUAGAUAUAGAAGGGUGCACUUUUUUGUAUUUCAUAGUAAGCUUAAAGAGUGUCUUUGCAGGUGCAGCAACUUCUUUCAAAUGUGUUUUUUGAAUUUUGAAGAGGGGUUAGGUUUUUGGGUUUUUUCAUUUCAAAAAAUUGCAUCUAGUAACAUAAUGAUCCACAUAAAUAUCCCUUUUUUUCUCUCAUUAUAUUGAAAGUGCUACAAUUUCUAAAGAAUUAUGCCGUUUCAAUUAGACCUAUUGUUUAACACAACUCUUGGUUGGCUAACGAUGUAAAUUCAAAGCAUGUGUCACUUGAUCAUUAAGUUACACACGUUUGAAAGAUGCUUCUGCACCUUAAAAAGCUGCCAGUCUGAGGUGGGCAACAACACGCACGCACGCGCACACAAAGAAAAUAGAGAUGUGUGAUUCAGUAGUGAAUGUAUGACAGUUUAAAUAAGUUUAAUUUCUCUCAUAGUCAGUGAGCUUGUUUAUCAUUUGCUAUAAAAACUCCUAUUUUUACCUUGGCGGGAUUAUUGGAUAAAAAAAAUAUUUUUAUAAAUUCAGUAGGAAUUGGAAUGACAACUGUAUUGAGCAUGAGAAAAAAAUUUCCAGAAGGGGAAAAUAAAUGUUUAGUAUUCCUAUUUGGAAGAUUCUGAAAAUUUGACCAAAUUUAAUAAACAUGCCUAAUGCUAGUGUUCCAUGGUUCUCUGCUAUCCCAUAGUGGUAUAGUAUAUUUGAUAAUAGCAUAAGAAGGGCCCACGGUUUGAUGGGAUUUUGAUAUUGUCAAACUUUGAUUUAUAUAUCUUUAAACUAAUGCUCAAAUUACAUUUAACUCUGUAUCUAAACUUGUAUCUGAAGAUAUUUGCUAAAUAAGUAUUCAGGUAAGUAAGUACAAUUAUCCACAAAAUUUCUAGUAAUCAACAGAGACAUUUAAUAGUUCAUGUUUUUUCAGUCUGAUUUUUAAAUAUGAAAAACUGACUGGCUAGUUUUUCCACCUAGGUUAUGUUGUUGAAUUUUUGAAAUUUUUUUCCACAUACAAAAAAUAUAAUUCAUGGAUUAUAUAAAGAAUCUUUUCAAAUACAAACAUCACUACCAGAAUUUACAACAGGUUUGUAAAAAAUCCUUGUGUAUCUUUUAACAAACUCAGAACUAGUGAUGAAAAUAGAUUUAUCUGUGAUAAUGGUUAAUUUCCAUUUACCUGCAGAUCUUGAGUUGUGUAUUGUUGUUUCUGAACACCUGUUAUUGACACAUCAUGCUGAAAAAGUUGGUCUUUCCCCAUUGUUAAGUGCAAAUAACAGAAGACUCAAGAAGUCUUGUAGCAGGACAGUGUGAAAAGGAGAGUGCUACCUUCAAAUCUUAAGCACUGAUUGAGCAAAGCACUUAGUUAGGUGCUUAACUGUAAGCACCUACUUAAAGCCAUUCCUGUUCCACAAAAUAUCCAAGCAUGUGCUUAGAUCCCAUUGACUUCAGUGGGGUUAAACCAUAUACUUGAAAUUAAACACAUGCUUAGGUGCUUUGUUGAAUUGGGGCUUUAAAGUCUGCCUUACUGAGCAAUUUAUAGGCAGCAUGAACAGAGACCUUGACAGGAGAUGCUAAAAAAUUGUUACAUGUUCAUAGGGGGAAAUUUAUUUUUCAGAGGUUACCAUUAAAAAAACCCCUUGUUUUACUGGCAUUGGGCUACACUUGCCACUAGCAUAAGCAGCUGACUUCGCUACUAUAGCACCCACUUAUGCCUGUGAUGAAUUGGGCCUGUUGACUCGACUGCAGUAAUGAGGUGGUAUUAUGAUUAGAAUUAUUAAAUUUUUUAAAGUAUUUGUUUUAAUCCAACGUCUCUGUUUUUGCCUCUAAUACCCUUUCCCUAUGUACUGAGCAGUUUAAAGAAAAUACUAAGAGUGUAUAAUGAAAGAUUUAAUUAUGAAAACUGGUAUAAUGUAAUUGAUGUAAGGCAUACUGACAAGUCCAGUUUGACCCCAAAAUUAAAAGGACACAGUCAACUUUAAAAAUCAAACUCCUGUCUGAAAACAUUUUGCCUGCUAUUGUUACAAGCAACACCUAAGAUGACUAUAAUUGACAGAGAUUGAAAGCAAAUAUACUUUUUCUCUUUUCAGUUCGUUUACUGUUUGCUUCUUCCAGUACUUUGUUUUCAGUGUUUCUGUGGAAGAGCCAUUUUUUCCUAUUGUAUUGUGUAUGUUUUUCAUACAACAGAAGGUGAGAGGAAAAAUAUUUGUAGGACUAGAUUCAGCCAACUGUGUUCAUGUUUAGUAGCAGUUGAAGCCACGGUGCUGCAAAUACUUACAUACGUGAGUAGAAUCAUGUACUGCUCAAUACGAGUAAGGCUGGCAGAAUUGAGUCCUCAGAAAAUAGGAAAAUGUGAUUUUUAAAAUAUAUAGGCAGAGGGACUCAGGCAGGUGUAGUACCUAAAACUUUUAACUCAGUUGAAAAUAACUAGAUUUCAAGUUGAUGAUGCCCCUUUUGAUUUUACGAAAGCAAGCUUGUACAAAUCAUUACACCAAUUAAGUGUUUCCUUGGAUUUUUUUCUUUAGUUCUAGUGGAAGUAUAUAUAUUUGUAUUCAAUAGAAUAAGUAAGCUUUCUCGCUGGUGUUUGCAGCAUUUAGCUAAUGCAUAAGUACCUGGAAAGUGAAAUUGAUUGGAAAGUUACUAGUGACAAAAGAAAAUGGAGUAAUCCAUUUUUAAUGUCAGUCUCGAGAACUGCAAAAAGUAAACAGUAUAGUGAAAAGUAAACUAUAUUUGUAAAAUUACUUCAGUUUUAGUAAUCAGAGGUACUGUUUAACAAACUAUGAGGCCCAAAUUUUUCAAGGACUGAUAUCUAAUAACUAAAACUGCAACAUUUAAAAAGAAAUCAUGGAAAUUAUGCAAAAUUAAAAGAGAUGUUCUUGAUUGUAAUUAAGUUAAUUUAAGUUACUAAUGAUUCAAUUUUUGGUACCAAACCUGCUUGGGAGCAAUUAAUGAAUAAUUAUUCAGUCUAUGCAAGGUGAAAGUCACCCCUCCAGCCAUAAUUGUGUGAUUUAUAAGUACUUUAUUGUUGUAUUUUUGGUCUUCUUUUAUUUUUGAUGAUCAUUCAGACAAAACAUUAAUGAAAAUUUCAGCUGGGUUUAAAGUUGACUAGGCAAAAUAUAAUUUGGAAAGUGUGUUGGAAAUAUAAGUAACCUUCAUUCCCUCCUGAAAAUCUAAGAUAUUAAAUGCUUGAAGUUCUACGUAGUGAAACAUUUCUGUUUCUAAACCAUUCUCCCCUCUGCCAUAGUAAAUGGAAUGUAUUCAGACUGUAAUCAUCUCCUCCAAAAAGCAAAGCUAGCCAAGAAAAAUCAAUGAGAAUGCAAGUUUAACUGUAGUAUUCAAAUGAACAAACUAAAACCUAAACAGGUAUUACUUCUGAAUUGUUAAAUGUAUUGCUAAAGAGUACUCUUAGAAACAUUUAGGACUUGACUGUACUUUGUUGUUGUUUCAUUGUAGAUUGAAUAGCUAGGUUGGCUUUGCCAAACCCAAAUCUGAUUUUCUAGGCUUGCUAAACUCUUUCAAGAAUUUUAUUUUUCACAUUAUUAAAUAAUUUUACUUAAUCAUCCAGCAUGAGGUAGAAUGAAAGAUGGCGCAAGUAUGCUGUUAAAAGGUCACCCUAACUAUGUCAUUUGGUUACCUGUGCAACGUGGAAAUACAAAUGUUGUUCUGCUCUGUAGUUCUGUAGGAUCUACUGAAUAAUCACUUUCUUCUUUUUUUUUUUUGACUGUGUGAGAGCGCGCGCCUUUACAAACUUACUAACUUUGUAGUCUACUGUCAAAAUAUUUACCUAAUGUUAGUAGAUUCCCAUGUUUUCAGAUAGUAACAGAAAUGAUCCAUCAAUCUUCCACUGUUUUAGCAACAUUGGUUCUAUAAAACUGACAAUCUUUAAAAUGUGAACACUGUAAAUUUAGCUUUUCUUGGAUAGUUGUCUUUUAAGGGAUAUUGUGAAGCAACUGAUCUAUCAAAGCAAAGAAAAAUUAAAAAUCAGAACAUGCUUCAUGAAUGAUGGAUUUUUACAUGAACAGUUUCUCUGAAUGGAAAAAGCAUGCCUUGUCUUUAAACUUAAAGUAUUCACAUUGCUUUAAUUAUAUUAGCAUUAUUUAGUUCAACAUCAGUCAUAUUUUCAGGAAUCUGUAACGUAGCUGGAAAAUAUCAUGUCGAACUAGUUACCCAAGAUUUUUGUCUGGGACAAUUUUUUGGCCUUUUUGUUUUGUUUACACAAAUGCAGAAAAAAUGGUUUACUAGUUCUUAAUGUUUUUGGGUGGGAGAGGGAGACUGAUUUUUGCUGUGCAAAAGCUUUUUUGAAGAAUGAAAGACUUAGCAGGUAGUUAGUCUAUGAUAUGUGUUCUUUGUUUUUGUUGCUCUGAAAUUUGUUAAUUAAAAUGGCACGGACAUUGAACUUCCAAAAAGUAGCUUCAUGUACAGUAACUGCUUUUUCAAAACACUUUCAGAAGUAUUUUUCCUGUGCAAUGCAGUACAAGUCCUAUGUGCCAACUUGUUUUUUCAAAGGCAGGUAGAUUGUAAUGGAUUUCCAGAACUAUCAUGCUCUAUUAGAUCAGAAAUCCUCACUUUAAAAAGCAGAUAAACUUUUUAUGUGAUACAGUUGUAUUUCCUCCAAAGUCAUUACUUUGCUGGAUAUGUAAUUAUGAGUUCAUAAAAAUAUUUUCAAGGACAACAAAGGUUUUAUGAUUACUCUGCAACUCUGGUAUGGGUCCAUGAGAGAGAGAUUUUUUUAGUCACACUUCAUACUAGGAAUACAUUUAUAAAUAGUUAAUAAAGGGUUAAUGAUUAUAAUAGACGUUAUAGACAUGAGUAGUGUCUUAUAGUUGGUCCUAGACACAUCAGUAUUUUAUUAUGUCUUUAAUGUGACAUUGAAACCAUAGAUUCAAAGCUGUCCUGGCAAUAAUUAAACUUGCAAUAACCACUUAGCGGCACAGCAUAAUUACAAAUCAAUUAACUCCACCAGCCUUCUCUAAUGAAGGGCAGGUAACAAUGUACAUCAGAUGAAGACUACAAAUUAAAAAAAAAAAAUCUGAAAAAAGCCUUUCAACCACAGAUCAUGGGCAGACAUCCUCAUCCUUCCCCCAAAAAACUUACAAAUGGCUUUACUAGAAGGUGAUAGAGAUGGCUCUAAGCAACCUAUUUCUUUUCUUGAUACCAAAACAAUUGAUUAACCACUUAUUACGGUAUCUAAGAAGCCUUUAUUAACCCUUUUGUAAACAGUUUAUAAAUGCACCUUUUAAGAUAAAGUGGGAAUUUUUUCAAAACCUACACUUAAUAAAAGGAAACAUAUACACCCACAAAAAGGUUAGAUUAACCCUCUAACUUAAACUGACACAAGCCAUAAAGUCAGAGCUCUGUCAAAUGCUUGGUCCAUCCCCCAUUUAAUAGUGCCGAGGGUGUUGCAGGACAAUGCAAGUGCCCAGUACUGCAUUCCUGGCAUACUCAAAAUCCUACUGAAGUCAGUGGGAGUUUUAAGUGUGCAAAGCAUGCAGGAUCCGGCCUGUCAUCUGUUAAAUUACCUACCGUUAGGAAAUCCCUGCAAAAUCUAGAGCUGGGACAAUAGGCCAGAUCCCAACUUUACUUCUUAAAAGAUUAUUAAUGCAAAUAAGGCAUGAUCUAAAGCCUACUGAAGUCACUGAAAAAUCUCCUAUUGAAUUAAAUGGACUUUGGAUCAGGCCUAUUGUUCCCUUGACUUCAGCUGGGCUAGUCACACAAGACACAAGAGAUGAGAGAGAGAGAGAAGGCUGGAAAUUAUUCUAAAUAUAUUGGUUUGGGUUAGUUUCUGGCAGACCCUGAAUGUUGCUUGAAGUAGGUUUUGUGUGACAGCAUUAAAAUAAAAAUGUUACAAUGGAGAUGAGAGGAGAUUUUUGUCUCGAUCCAAAUGUCUUUCUGCUUUUAUGGGGUUUUAUUACUCGUGAAAAAUGUGCAGAUUAUACUGAUGGUCCCUGGUGAAAUUGGAUAUUUCUUACAUAUAGUAAUUAAUCUGCAAAAGAAAAUGAACAGCCUUUAAUCAUAGAAAAAAAAUCAACCGGAUGCUGCAUUUUGUUUUGAAAAUAUAUAUACUUCUAAUAUGCAAUACAAUUCUGUUACAAACCUUG